AGAAAUGAAGAAUUGAAUUGUCAGCGGUGGCCGCCAGAUCACCGCCCUCCAAUCUUCAUUCUCUCUCUCUCUCUCUGUCUGAUCUGCCGACCCAUUAAAAGGUUGGUUUCUUUCUGCUCAUCCAACCUACUCCUCCUACCAUAUCAUGGCAGCGCAAGUAAAGAAUGCCGAAUCCAACAACUCAGAAUCUGAGACACCAAAGAACACAGAUGCAUCAACACCAAAAAACCAAACUCAUGCUACCCGAGAAGCUGACUCAAGUAAAUCAUUUGAUUCACCUAAAAGGGUCUCCUCCACAUUGCACCAGGCAAAAGGCGGCCCCAGGAGUAACACAGCUUCUCCAAUGUGGGAACGAAAGGUUUCAUCAGAAGGUAGCAAUGGUGCACCCUCUUCCACUCCUGGAAGAUCACGGUUGAGACAAGUUACUCUUGGUGAUGAAAGUCCUGAUGACAGCACAGCUGUCCCGGUAUUUGGUGACUGGGAUGACAAUGAUCCCGCUUCAGCUGAAGGCUACUCUACCAUAUUCGACAAAGUAAGAGAGGAGAAGCAUGGUGGUGGUGGGAAGUCACCGAGGAUAACGAGCGAUAAUUCUAAUUUCUAUGGUCAUAGACCUGAGGCAAAAAAGCAUGCUUUAAAACAGACCAACUACGACUCAGGAUUUACAAAUGUUUGUGCGUUCUUUCUCAGGGAUGUGGCUGCUUUCCAUGGGGCAGAAAGUGAUUUCUGGGUGGCUGUUCUAGUGAAGCUGUAUGGAUUGUACUUCAUGUAUAAGUAUGGUGUAUGUAAGCUGCAUUAUUUCUUGUUAAUUUAUUUCAUAUCCGUUCCAUUGUUUCCACAGGAUAUUUGUUCUUUGUAUUGCCUAUCCCCAAAAUGAAUAUUAGAGGAAAAAAAAUAAUAAAGAAAAUUUUGAGUGAA